AUGCCUGGGAUGAAGCCAAGCGCCAGCACUAUGUUUACAAGCGUGACUAUCCUGAGCCUGAAUGUGCGUUUUGGAGUCCACGAUGAUGCCAAUAUGGUGGCCACGUUUCUAAAAUGCUUUCCCAACGCAUCGAGUCUGCAUAUCAGGUGUGAACAAUGUGAUGAAUCCACUGGGAAGUUCGAACAUAAGUUCUGGGAGGAGGUUGGUCCCAUCGUGAGUGUCAUGUUGCGCAUAGGGGUGAUGACUAUCCGUGAAUUCAGAGGGGAGGAAGGCGAGAUGGCUUUCCUCAAGUACUUCUUCACAAACGCGAGGGCGCUGAAGUAUGUGGCGAUCAUCUUCCCCAAUCCAAGCUUCUCUUCAAUUUCAAAGAACUAUGCAUGCUCCAAAGCAAACUAUCUGACUUCUCUGAAUUGGGCCACUCAAGGCUGCGGAUUCAUGGUGUAUGGGAGUACAGAUCCUGAAGGAGGCAGACCAUGGUGCUUCAAGACCGGAGCAAUUUUUUCGCGUGACCCUUUCUCGUGGUGA